UCUUGCCCUGGAGACAGUAUGCUCAGAGAAAGGAUGCAUGCUCCCCCAGAGUCCUGGCUGGCUUCGUAUGGAGUAGUUCUAGAGCAUCGCCCUGGUGACUCCAUGACAGGAACGUUCUGAGUGUCCUUUUUUCCUGUACCCUGAGCUGGAACAGCUGCUACACAGGUCCUUUGCCACAUGAGUGGAAUUCUCAGGUAGGAGUUAAGAUCGCUUUUUGGUGCUUUGCUGUUGGAGCAGCGCAGGUCAGCCAGAGUAGUGUCAGGAUCUUGCCCAGUAGUUGAAGCCAGUGUAAAUGAGGCUGAAUUGGGAAUGGUUAACCACGUUAUUAUAGUUCACCUGUGGAAUCCAUAGAUGUAAGGUGAGUGCAUGGAGGUGUGUUCCCGGGUUAUCCUCACAGAAUCUGAGUUGUUACGAUUUUUUGUAUGAUCGUUAAAGUACAAUGAACAUGUUCAUUCAAUUCUUAUGCUCAGAGAAAACAUUUGUUUUUAAACAGAAUAUCUAAAUAUGUGCUCAUGUGUCUCGAACUAUUCACUGCUGUUAAAUAUAAUGUUGCACUACGAAGGACGUUAUGGUCAAUAUGCUUUUGCUGGUUAUAGUUUAUUUCACUUAGGGAACUGGUAUAUGUUAUACGGGCAAAAAGGCUGCACUAGGAGGGUUUUCCAGUUAACUUCAAAGUGUAGACCUGGCCUAAGACUCUUAGGAAAACACAGAUUUGGUGACUGUAAUGCAUUGGCAAUCCAAGGUCAGGAUGCAAAUUCCAGAGCCUCCCGUCACCAGCCCUUCCCAGGUAAUUCUGUUAGCUCAGGCACUGUAUAUUGCAGCUGCUAUCAUACUUAAUAGAGAGGCAGUCGGGGCUCAAGCUGUUCAGGGCUUCACAGUUGAAACCAGUAUCUCAAACUUCUCCUAGAAAUGAAUUAGUAGUUAAUACAGAACACUGAGAAUGGGUGUAAUGUGCUCUCUGUAUUAAACACUUAACUAGUGAGUUACAUGUUCUACAGUAUUUAACUUCCAACUGGCUUGAAUUUAUAAACCUAUAAAUAGGGUAAUCCGUUCUAGAAGUGAUAUGGAUUAUGGAGAAAAACUUUCUCCAUUACUAGAAGCUUAAUUUUAAGUCUGAUUUUUGGCCUCCUUAUAUAACCUAAAAAUAUUCACAUAAGCCUCAAAACUGGCAAAUCUGGGGCUGAAGUAGAGAAUCUUCUUUACAAUAUAUGCAGUGAAUGGGACAGCAGGUUCCCGGAUUAUGUUUGACACUUUGCAGCAAAAAAUAAAGCCAGAAAAAGAUGAAAAAUUCAGCUUACUAAACACCAUUAGCUGAGACCUAAUGGGUAGCAGUAACAUUUGGUUUGCCUGCCUCAGCCACUAUAAAAGUAGGUUCAAGUUGUGGUUUAAAUAUCAAAGUUGUAAAUUUCUAGCCUUUUCUUUGCAGAGUUGUCAAAAUGUAACCGGACUGAGGAAAGGGGUUGAUAUUGCAGAUUCUCUACACUCCCAACUGUUUGUCUUUUAUAAGUAAAACAAAGAUCAUCCUUAUACAGCCAAUUAAUAUUUGGGAAGAACAGUCUUGUUAUGUAUUGACACUUCUCAUAGACUUGAACCAUCUACAUGUCUCACUUUUAAAGGGACACUAACAACUUAAAUCAUGCUUCUGAAUUUUAAUUGUCAGAUAUGUUUUAUUUACUGUUUUAUUUUACUGGGUUUUUCUUUCAAUAUUCUCUGUGUUAGACAGUGUUCUGUGUGUAGCGGGUUUCUGUGUAUAAUCACUUCCCUUCUUUGUUCAUUGGUUCUUUUAAUAUGCAAUGUGGGAAGACACUUGAAUUGUUUUUGGAAAUAAAGCAAAUUUUUUGUUAGUAAUUAGAUUUUGGAGGAUAGGGCACAUGUUUACAUUUCCAUAAUUGUUGUUAGCCCUUUGAUACGGGGGGUAAAAUAUGGCACUGCAUAUUAUGACUUCUGUUCAUGUGGCACAGUGGCUCAGUUUUGAAGCAAUUGUUUCUACAGUCUGCCACAAGUCUUCAGGAGGCAGUUUUCUUCUAUGUCCAUUUUACUUCAUCUCUGACACUACUUUCGUUUGGCCAGAGGCAAAGAGCACUAGCCCUUCCAUAAAUGUAGUAAACGCUACACUGUCCUUUUCUGUUACAGAAAUGUAAGAUGAAAACUAGUAUUGGGGGGGAAAUCACAAAGACACUCAGGGCUAGAUUUACAAAGGGAUUUAGGUGCCAUAGUGGAAUUUGCAACCCUGAGUUAGAUGCUCGGACUCCCUACAAUGGAUCGGGAGAGUUAGGUUUCUCAGAAUGGGACUAGUACAACCACCACACUGAGUGGGGAGCUGCCUAAGCCAGCCAGUAGGAAAUGCCAAUGCUUAAGCUCCACUCCUCAAGGAGAGUUAGGUUCCUAAGUCUGGGCUGGAGGAGUCAGCCAGCUCCACUUGGGAUGUGCAGCUAUGCUCUCUCUCCGUCUCCGCUCUUGCUGCUCCCUGCGCUCGCUCUGCCUGGCCUGGUGCUCGCGCAGCAGCCGGGACAGCAUCGCCGGGCCGGGCCGAGCCGAGCCGCGCCGCGCCGCGCCGCUCACGGGAGCCGAGGGCGGCAGCGCGAUGGCAAUCUCCGAGCUCUACACAAAGUGUGCCAGGGUUUGGAUCCCUGAUCCAGAGGAAGUCUGGAAGUCAGCAGAACUUCUCAAAGAUUAUAAACAAGGAGAUAAAGUCAUCCAGCUUCGACUCGAAGAGGGAAAGGAAUUAGAAUAUUGCCUUGAUCCUAAGACCAAGGAACUGCCUCACUUACGAAACCCUGACAUACUUGUUGGUGAAAAUGAUCUCACAGCACUCAGUUAUCUCCAUGAACCUGCUGUUCUACACAAUCUCAAAGUUCGCUUUAUUGAUUCAAAACUUAUUUAUACCUAUUGUGGUAUCGUCUUGGUAGCCAUAAAUCCGUAUGAGCAGCUGCCUAUCUAUGGCGAAGAUAUCAUCAAUGCAUACAGUGGUCAGAAUAUGGGGGAUAUGGAUCCACACAUCUUUGCUGUGGCUGAAGAAGCAUAUAAACAGAUGGCCAGAGAUGAACGGAAUCAGUCAAUCAUUGUAAGUGGGGAAUCAGGAGCGGGAAAGACUGUCUCUGCUAAGUAUGCCAUGAGAUACUUUGCCACUGUAAGUGGUUCUGCCAGUGAAGCUAAUGUUGAAGAGAAAGUACUGGCUUCCAACCCUAUCAUGGAGUCCAUCGGAAAUGCCAAAACCACAAGGAAUGACAACAGUAGUCGUUUUGGGAAAUACAUUGAAAUUGGUUUCGAUAAGAGGUACCGAAUCAUUGGUGCUAACAUGAGAACUUAUCUGUUAGAAAAAUCAAGAGUGGUAUUUCAGGCAGAAGAGGAGAGAAAUUAUCACAUUUUCUACCAGCUCUGUGCCUCUGCAGCAUUACCUGAGUUUAAAACACUGCGAUUAGGGAGUGCAAAUUACUUUCACUAUACGAAGCAAGGGGGUAGUCCAGUGAUUGACGGCAUUGAUGAUGCUAAGGAAAUGGUACACACCAGACAGGCCUGCACUUUGCUGGGGAUUAAUGAUUUGUACCAGAUGGGAAUCUUUCGAAUCCUCGCUGGGAUCCUUCACCUGGGCAAUGUGGGGUUUACCUCUCGGGAUGCUGACAGCUGCACGAUCCCUCACAAACAUGAACCCCUCACCAUAUUCUGUGACCUCAUGGGGGUGGAGUACCAAGAGAUGUCCCACUGGCUUUGCCAUAGGAAGCUUGCUACUGCCUCUGAGACCUACAUCAAACCAAUUUCCAAACUGCAGGCCAUCAAUGCCAGAGAUGCUCUUGCCAAACAUAUCUACGCUAAACUCUUUAACUGGAUUGUUGAUCAUGUGAACAAAGCUUUGCAUUCUACUAUAAAGCAGCAUUCUUUCAUUGGCGUAUUAGACAUUUACGGGUUCGAGACAUUUGAGAUAAACAGCUUUGAACAGUUUUGUAUAAACUAUGCCAAUGAAAAACUGCAGCAACAGUUCAAUAUGCAUGUCUUUAAGCUGGAACAGGAGGAAUAUAUGAAGGAACAAAUUCCAUGGACCUUGAUUGAUUUCUAUGACAAUCAGCCUUGUAUUAAUCUCAUAGAGGCCAAAUUGGGUAUCUUGGAUCUGCUAGAUGAGGAAUGUAAGAUGCCUAAAGGAUCAGAUGACUCUUGGGCCCAGAAAUUGUAUAAUACACAUUUGAAGAAAUGUGCACUCUUCGAAAAACCACGUAUGUCAAACAAAGCUUUUAUCAUACAACACUUCGCUGACAAGGUGGAAUAUCAGUGUGAAGGCUUUCUGGAAAAGAACAAAGACACAGUUUAUGAAGAGCAAAUCAAGGUCCUAAAAUCAAGUAAGAAGUUUAAGAUGCUUUCAGAGUUGUUUCAGGAUGAGGAGAAGGCCCUUAGUCCCACCUCAGCAACCCCUUCAGGUCGCACGCUGCUGUCUCGCACUGCUGUAAAACCCACCAAGGACAAACUAGGCCAAGCAAGCAAGGAACAUAAGAAAACUGUGGGACAUCAGUUUCGGAACUCUCUUCAUCUGCUGAUGGAAACCCUUAAUGCUACAACUCCACACUACGUGCGUUGUAUUAAACCCAAUGACUUCAAGUUUCCAUUCACGUUUGAUGAAAAGCGAGCAGUUCAGCAGCUCAGAGCUUGUGGUGUUCUGGAAACUAUCCGGAUCAGCGCAGCUGGCUUCCCUUCAAGGUGGACGUAUCAAGAGUUCUUCAGCCGCUACCGUGUCCUGAUGAAGCAAAAAGAUGUCCUUAGUGACAGAAAACAGACAUGCAAAAAUUUGUUGGAGAAGCUGAUUCUGAACAAGGAUAAGUACCAGUUUGGUAAGACAAAAAUAUUUUUUCGGGCUGGUCAAGUAGCCUAUCUGGAAAAAAUAAGAGCAGAUAAGCUGAGAGUUGCCUGCAUCCGCAUCCAGAAGACAAUCCGAGGGUGGCUGAUGCGAAAGAAGUACCUGCGCAUGAGGAAAGCAGCCAUCACCAUUCAGAGAUAUGUCAGAGGGUACCAGGCACGAUGCUAUGCCAAGUUCUUGCGAAGAACCAGGGCUGCCAUCAUAAUUCAGAAGUUCCAGCGCAUGUAUGUGGUUCACAAAAGAUACCAUCUCAUGCGAGCUGCCACUAUUGUGCUUCAGUCACUUUUACGAGGUUACAUAGCAAGGAACAAAUACCAGCGGAUGCUUCGAGAGCACAAGGCCAUUAUUAUUCAGAAGCACGUGCGGGGCUGGCUGGCUCGUGUGUGCUACCGUAGGAGCUUGAAGGCAAUUGUCUACCUGCAAUGCUGCUAUAGGCGUAUGAUGGCCAAGAGGGAGCUGAAGAAGCUGAAGAUAGAGGCGCGCUCUGUGGAACGGUACAAGAAGCUCAAUAUUGGGAUGGAGAACAAGAUCAUGCAGCUGCAGCGUAAAGUUGAUGAGCAGAACAAAGACUACAAAUCCCUGCUGGAGAAACUAACUAACCUGGAAACCACGUACAACACAGAGACCGAGAAGCUGCGGAGUGAUGUGGAAAGGCUUCGCAUGAGUGAGGAGGAAGCUAAGAAUGCCACAAACCGUGUGAACACACUCCAGGAGGAGAUCACCAGGCUUCGAAAGGAGCUGCACCAAACACAGUCUGAGAAGAAGACAAUUGAGGAAUGGGCAGACAAAUACAAACAGGAAACAGAGCAGUUGGUAUCAGAACUAAAAGAGCAAAACACAUUACUGAAAAAGGAAAAGGAGGAGCUGAAUCGUUUCAUCCAUGAUCAGGCCAAGGAGAUGACAGAGACCAUGGAGAAGAAGCUUGUUGAGGAAACGAAACAGCUGGAGCUAGAUCUGAAUGAUGAAAGGUUAAGGUAUCAGAAUCUGCUGAAUGAGUUCAGCCGCUUAGAGGAGCGCUAUGAGGAUCUCAAGGAUGAUGUGAAUCUGAUGGUGAGCAUCCCCAAGCCUGGGCACAAAAGAACGGAUUCCACACACAGCAGCAAUGAAUCUGAAUAUACAUUUAGCUCUGAGAUUACAGAGACAGAAGACUUACCACUGAGAAUGGAGCAGGAGCCAAGUGAGAAAAAAGCACCACUGGAUAUGUCUCUGUUCCUCAAGCUGCAGAAACGGGUUACAGAGCUGGAGCAGGAAAAGCAAUCAUUGCAGGAUGAACUGGACAGGAAGGAGGAACAGGCUCUCCGCACCAAGACCAGGGAGGAGGAGGAAAGGCCGCCAAUGAGAGGCGCUGAACUAGAGUAUGAGUCACUCAAGCGUCAAGAACUUGAAUCUGAGAACAAGAAGCUGAAGAAUGAGCUGAAUGAGCUGCAAAAGGCCCUUUUGGAGAAGAGCUCUCCAGAGGUGACCGCUCCUGGUGCCCCUGCCUAUAGAGUCCUCCUGGAUCAGCUGACCUCAGUAAGUGAGGAACUGGAGGUACGCAAAGAAGAAGUCCUCAUCCUGAGGUCUCAGCUGGUGAGUCAGAAGGAGGCUAUUCAACCCAAGAAGGAUAAGAAUACUAUGACAGAUUCUACAGUCCUCUUGGAGGAUGUACAGAAGAUGAAAGACAAAGGAGAAAUAGCACAGGCAUAUAUUGGGCUAAAGGAAACAAACAGGCUCCUAGAAUCUCAGCUUCAGUCUCAGAAAAAGAGUCACGACAAUGAGCUGGAAGCUCUCCGGGGUGAGAUUCAGAGUCUGAAGGAGGAGAAUAACCGCCAGCAGCAGCUUUUAGCACAGAACCUGCAGCUGCCCCCGGAGGCUCGGAUUGAGGCCAGUCUACAGCAUGAGAUCACCCGGCUGACUAAUGAAAACCUGUUUUAUGAGGAGUUAUAUGCAGAUGACCCCAUGAAGUAUCAGUCGUAUCGGAUUUCACUUUACAAACGGAUGAUUGAUUUAAUGGAGCAGCUUGAAAAGCAGGACAAGACAGUUCGCAAGCUGAAAAAGCAGCUGAAAGUGUUUGCUAAAAAGAUUGGUGAACUUGAAGUGGGCCAGAUGGAAAACAUUUCGCCUGGGCAAAUCAUUGAUGAACCCAUACGUCCAGUUAAUAUUCCACGGAAAGAAAAGGACUUCCAAGGAAUGUUAGAAUAUAAGAAGGAUGAUGAGCCAAAACUGGUCAAGAAUCUUAUUUUAGAUCUGAAACCACGUGGUAUAGCAGUCAACAUGAUCCCAGGACUACCAGCAUAUAUAUUAUUCAUGUGUGUCCGCCAUGCUGAUUACCUUAAUGAUGAUCAAAAAGUGAGAUCAUUGCUGACUUCCACUAUUAAUGGCAUCAAAAAAGUAUUGAAGAAAAGAGGUGACGACUUUGAAACGGUCUCCUUCUGGCUAUCUAACACCUGCCGAUUUUUGCACUGUCUGAAGCAGUAUAGUGGAGAAGAGGGAUUUAUGAAGCACAACACACCCCGUCAGAAUGAACACUGCCUCACCAAUUUUGAUUUAGCUGAAUACAGACAGGUACUGAGUGACUUGGCUAUUCAGAUCUACCAGCAGCUCGUCAGAGUGUUAGAGAAUAUUCUGCAGCCAAUGAUUGUUUCAGGAAUGCUGGAGCAUGAAACUAUUCAAGGCGUCUCAGGGGUAAAGCCACCAGGGCUGCGAAAGAGAACGUCCAGUAUUGCUGAUGAAGGGACGUACACACUGGACUCCAUCAUUAGACAGCUGAACUCAUUUCAUAUUGUAAUGUGUCAGCAUGGUAUGGAUCCGGAGUUGAUCAAGCAAGUCGUCAAGCAAACGUUCUACAUCACUGGGGCGGUAACCCUGAAUAACCUCCUCCUGCGCAAGGACAUGUGUUCCUGGAGCAAAGGGAUGCAGAUACGGUACAAUGUGAGUCAACUUGAAGAAUGGCUACGUGACAAAAAUUUGAUGAAUAGUGGAGCUAAAGAAACACUGGAGCCUCUCAUUCAGGCUGCACAGUUGUUGCAGGUGAAAAAGAAGACGGAUGAAGAUGCAGAAGCCAUUUGUUCAAUGUGCAAUGCUCUAACUACUGCACAGAUUGUAAAAGUUUUGAAUUUGUAUACUCCAGUUAAUGAGUUUGAAGAAAGGGUCUCAAUAUCAUUUAUACGUACGAUACAGAUGCGUUUACGAGACAGGAAAGACUCUCCUCAGCUGCUAAUGGAUGCUAAACACAUCUUUCCUGUUACUUUUCCAUUUAAUCCAUCCUCCCUUGCAUUAGAAACCAUUCAAAUUCCAGCCAGCUUGGGCCUAGCAUUCAUCUCACGUGUCUGAACCAAGGAUGCACUGUCAGCUGUUGACAAUGAGUCUGUUGCCUGAAAUCUGAAUCCAUUAAAACAUAGUGAGCCACUGAAAAUACGUUUUUGAAGGGACAACACUGUAUAUGCCAGAUUUUUAGUAUGGGUAGCUGGAAAUCUACAUAACUGUACCACAACUGGAAGGCUGGUAGAAAGAUGUGCAUUUGUAUAGGUCAUUAUUUUCAUGUAGACACAUUACUGAUUGUUACGUUUCCAGAGUAUGAAUAUAGGGCUUGGGCAAAAAUUGUCUUCAGCUGCCUAGAGACAUUUUUAGAUCUUUAGUAACAUAUUUAAAUAGUGUACAUUAAAAUCCAUACACAAUCUGCUCAUAGGUAGGGACCAAUAAGGACAGACACGGUACUAUAAGUGGAGGACUGGAAGAAAUGCAUUUUGUAGUAGAAUACAUAGUCAUGUAGGAAUCUAGUUCUCCAUUAGGGUUUUUGACAAUUUAAACAUAGUGAACUUGCAAUAUAUAAAACAAUUUGUUAAACAACUUCCUUAUUUAUGUCAGUAUGACAUAAAUUGUGAAGUAUUAAAGUCUUUUGGCAUACUGUGCGAUAUAACAUAGGUGUUCAUUUGUUAGUGCUGUGGUUUACUAAACACAUUAAACUGCUGCUGAGUAUUGUGUUCUUUAAAAUGUAUGACAGUAUCCUUUUAGGCACUAAAAUAAGAGACUUCACUUUUUAUUAUCAAUUUUGUUUACAGUCCAGUGCAAUCUAUUCUUUUAACUGGAUUUAUGCAAAUGUCAACAAAUAUCACCUGGAAAGAAAAAAUGGUAACUAAGCACAAGUAGCAUACUGGAAGUUACAUAAUAGUUUUCUUUAAAGAUAGGGCACUAAAAUACUUGUCUAGUGGCAAACUGAACAAAAGUCAGUCAUGAUUAUAAUAUUUAUUUCAUAUUUUGUAGUUGGUUGGGGUUUUUCCUUUGUCCAAUUUUAGUCCAAGGAAGUGGCAUUAUAUUUUUUCAAUAUCCUCCAUUUUAUGUCUUUGUCACACUUUUUAAGAUGUAUUCUCAAAUACCUAGAAUGAAAGGAGAAAUUCCUUGAGUAGUCCAAUACCUUUAUUAGUCUAUAUAUUGGCUUCUGGAAACAUACAACAAACAUUGACUGGGAAGGGAGUAUUUAAAAUUGUGCAGUUUGUGAAUCUAUCCACGUAGUUCAAUGAACCUAUUUAACAAAAGGGUUACUUCAUGCUAGAAAAAUAGUUUUUAAAAAAAUCUAUAAAGUGUUCUGUAAGAUCCAGACUGCACAAUGAGCAAUUAUAGUUGUUUUGGCCUCUGCACUUCCAAUCAGAAAGAAUAUUCCCUCUUUCACGCCUCAGAUCUGCUCCAGUGUGGAAUUCACAUUUCAAAAUGUACAACAAUUAAGUCAGAGGCCUUGGUCAACACUCUGUUUCUGAAUUUUAAAACAUGGUCAGUGGUGUAUGGUUCAAAAAUACAUAUGAAAAAAUUGCACAUUACUAAAUUGCAGUGUGCAAUAUUUUAAUGUAUCAUGCAAAUUAGCAACUUAGCAUGAACUUUUCUUUCUUUAAAAGAACAGAAGAGUAUUCUAUAGGUAUACUUUUAGAAUGUUCUGGUACUAAUCAGCCUGCGAACCUACAGAAUAAUUUUGUUAUCAGCUGAGCAGACCAAUACAUUUCAGUUAUGUUUUGAGAUAUAUACAUGCACCUUAUAUAUGGUGACUGAUAAAAUGUAUAAUAAAGAAAGCUUGAUCUUUGUCAGUACCAUUUUGAAAUGCUUAUAUCUUUUUAUUUUCAGAAGUGUGUGCCCAUUUUUUGUGUUUAAUAGCUCACUACUGAUAUGUUCAGGUACCUACAAGUAAGAAUUGCAUCUUUAAUUUGGAUGAUCUUUGUUAAAUUAUUUAAAUUAUUUUCAUAUGCAAAGUAAACCAAAAGCACUUCAUUCAAAUAUGUUUGUUAUUUUAUCUCUGAGGCCAAGGAUCAUAUAAGCUGGCUCCAAACACAGUAUCAUAUAAUAUGGUGGAGUGUACUAAUCUUUCAAAGUUUCAGGAAGUACUGCACUUGUUAAUAUGUCAUGAAAAAGCCCUGGUAUCCAGUAAUAGCAUAAGAGCAGGAAAUAGGUGAAAACAUUUAGAAAAAUAGAAACUUUCCCCCUCCUGUUUAAAUAAAAUUGGAACAACAGUAUAUUUAUACUGUAAAUCAGGAAAUAUAUCUACUACUUAAACACAUAGUUAUGAAAAUUUGUUAAAAUGUAUUUUUGUUUUUUAAAUUUGUUUACCUGUAUAAAGCCUUACUGUGUCUUGUUUCCUUAACAAAGUAAUAGUAAGUUGUUUAUAGGUAUUAUUCUUAAACUCAGUGGUUUGAGUAGUGUUACAUUUAUAUCACAUUAAAAGUGUAUGCUGCUUGACAUGUUUUAAAGGAAAAUAUUGCUAAGUUGAAAUAGAUGUGUACUUGGUAAAUCAUCUAAAAUUUUACAUAACAGUAUUUUACAUGCACUUUUCAAAAAAGAAUUUUAGUGUUGAUUUAUGAUAUAAAAUAUUUUUCACCUUAGGUUUAAGGUCUCUUUAGAUAACCAUGAAAACAAAUAUAAACAUCUUUUAAAAACUUAUAUUUUUUCCUUUGAAUCAUGGUUAUGCUCUUUUAAUGUGGACGUAACUUUUAUAUUUUAAUUUAUUAUCUAUUGAUAUAGUAGAUUCUGUUGGAUGCAGGAAAUUAUUAAUUUGUCAAUGUCCCUUUUGACAUAUGUAACCAUUCUGAAGAUGUCGCACAAUAAUUACCUCAUUGAGUUUGGUAUAUUUUUAGUCCAGCCAUUAUUUUGUUCUGCCUUUUGCAACAUAAUCUUCUGUCCAAAUUUUAACCAAUUGCUACCCAGGCUUUAAUCCGAGAUGGAACUUGAAAGUGCUUAAAGAAUUUUGCUUUAUUAAAUGUGAUUAAUCUAGUCUACUUGAUCAGAAUAGAAAGAUAUGCUAUACUUCAUCUUUGAAACAUUGAUUUUUUUUUAAUCCGUUAACAGUUGUUCCAUACCUGGAAACACCAGCAUUUGAAAGCUGAAGGUCUUUAGCAUUUAGGAUUUAAAACUGAACACAUUUCAAAAUAUCAUACAAGAAUUCUGAGAGAAUGACUUUUGUUUUUUAAGAUGCUGAUAAUUCAUCUGACAAAUAAAAGCCUUUAAACAGGUUUUCACUCUGUACCACCACAGUACAUGGAUGAAAACCAAACCAAUUCAGAAUGACAUAUGCUUUGAAAUGUUGUAGCGUCUGAUGUUGUAUUUAGUAAAUGUGUGCAUCAUAAACACUGUAUCCUAUUAGCUGUCACUGAAAAAUGUCCAAAUAAAAAACUCUACAGCUGUU